AUGCAGGAGGAGCCACGAAUCCGCCAGAUCGUCAAAAUUGACGUCGGGGCCGCCUUAGAGAGCCGAGAGGGUCAGAAAUAUGGCACGGCGCCAUCUCUCAUCAAGGAGAUAGAUGUCCAGAGCAACAAGAGUUCUUUGACUUCUACGACGACAUCUGCACCCUCUCAAGUCUCCCGGAACUGGAACCCAUCUAUCGUCAGAGUCAAGUACUUCCGCAAAGACCAACAUCGCAUGCUUGGGCGAGUCGCUGUGGCUACUGGUGCGAAUAUCCGUCUGGGACACUCCGAGGCCAAGGAUAUAUUCAUUCGUGUGUCUGCGGAUGUCCCUGAAAAGGUUGAUGAUGCAUUUCGAAAGCUCGAGAAGCUAGAAAGUCUUCUGGCCUUGUUCGACAUCCCCUGCCAAGCAUAUACAAGUUUUGUCCCGGAUACCAACGGUCUACGCUUCUGUCUUCUGGAACUCGCGCAUCUGAACGACAUCGCACCCCGACGCAUCCUCUUGGAUCCAGGUUCCGCUAUCAAGAACAAUAUCGCCGACUCCACACUCCCUGUCUCUUGCCGUAUCAAUCCGUCUACGAAUCUCUUUCAAGUUUCGGAGCACCUUCGUAAUCCCGGUGAAAUCGACUGUCCGUGGUUCCUUAGACAUCGUGAGACUACUAGAUGUUGGUCUAGCUUCCAUUACCCGGAGAUCGGCGAGCCGGGCGAAGAUAGAGGGGCACAAUACUCUAAUCUCGAUUUUCUGCGUCAGCAAGCCACACCGGUGGUCAAGCCUGUCCCUAGUGGAAAUUCACGAGGUCAUGGAUUCAAGGAUGUUGACUCGAAGCUCAUCUAUGCAGUAUCAGAGAGCACAGGGACAGAAAGGGCCCAGUCCGAUAAGGGGGCUGUCCCGGUGUACCGACCCGAGUCUACUCCGUCGCCUUCCAUCAAAAUACCGGGGGUCAAAACUCGCAGGCCAGUCUUGCCUGAUGAUGGCGAACCCUUGCCGAAGUCAAAGUCGCCUGUAUUUACUACGACUCGGGAAACUUCCGGAAAGCCUACGCAGUCUGAUACAUCUGCAAAGUCCAGAGCGUCUGCAAGUUCUCAAGCAGCUGUUGCUAAGUCUGAGCCUCAGCGCUCUGAACCUCUUGGAAUACUCCAUCCUGCAGUAUCCAGGUCUGUGGAACGUCGAUCUUCUUCCGGCGUACAUAACCCCUGGACUGUCGUUCCGAAAUCAUCAAUUCAAGGCGUGAAAGGUCCUAAAUCUUCACCAGAGAAGCCACUGUUGACCGGUUCUUCCCCUGUUUCAAGUUCCGGGUUCCCUUCUACAUCACAGGCAAUGACAAGAUCUCCUCAGCCCGUCUCCCAUUCUAGCACCGGACCCGUCGCCGACAAUGCGCAGGAUGAGCUCAUCGACUUAUCUGGUAAUGAGCCUGCUACUACGAAUAGCACGAUCACCAUGGGCUCAAGCUUGCAAUUUGAACUUGGAGAAUCAUCAUCCGAGCGUUUUUCAUCGUCAUCUUUGUUUCAAUCAACCAUUUCGUCAAUGAAUGAUGCUCGCUCCGAGUCAACUGGGCUUCAAUCGACGAGAUCAGAAAUAUCGGAUGCUCCAUCUGAGUAUGCAGCUUCGCAGAACUCUGAAUCAUCGGGAUUACCACCUGACUCCAACGAAAUUACUGCUUUGACAGGUCAUGACGGCUCAGUUGACGACCAAGAGACCCCUCGGCCGGCCAAAUCGAUCCCUCUUGCCUCCCAGAACCCAGUUGCCCUACCAGAUGACGGUCAGAGAACCCCUCGAUCAUCGGCUAGUCAACAUAUUGUGGCUGCUGAUGAGUCAGUUACUCUACUGGGUGGAAAUCGAGAGGCUCAUAGGCCGGCAGAUGAGCUUUCAGGUAGGGCUAUCAAUAGUCCAAUUGUCCCACAAAUUGCCGGUUACGGAGCCCCGGCCAGUCAAACAUAUUCAGCUUCUUCGUAUGCUUCGUUUCCUCACCACAUGAACGUGAGCCCCCACGAUCCCUGGAGUCAGGGCAGGGUCUUCGGUACACCAGGUCACGGGGCCCAGCAGACCGAUGGCCAGGGCGCAUCCCCUCAGUACCCUAGGUGGAGCACUUACUCCAGUCAGACCACUUACUCUAGUCACUUCAGUUAUGAAACGCGCUUUCAUGGCGUCGGUGCCACGCCAAUGCAUCCUGCAGGGCCUUAUUGGCCUACCAACUCUGCCACUCCAGGACCGUCUAUCUUUGAUGUCUACCUGUGGCCUCUUCACCUGGCUCAGACCAUUUUGCAGCAUCAGCAGCCUUUUCAUGAUACAAAUUUCCAGCAGACACGCGCUGAUUACCAGCACCCGGCGUAUUACUCACACGAGCGCAUUGGAAGUCCAGAGACUAUCGUAUCCUCCCCCAGCGGUACCUCUGGUGAUCAUCCACAGACUUCUCAGGCAAUUUCCCGGAGCCAGCGUGAUGCGACUAGCCGACCUGUUCAAGAACGACUGGCCGAUCCAGCCAACCGUGACAGGAGAGAGUUCCAUUCAGCGAUGAACCAACGAACCCCAAAUCCCAGUGGCGAUGAAAGGAAAAAUCUCAUUGCCAAGGCAAAUGCUAAAGUCCCCAAGAAGUACUGGAGGGUCUUCGAUGAGGCUGAUACUUCAACAAAAGUUCGCGUGCCUAUGCCAGCCAAUCCUCAACUCCCCCAGGGCCAGCCACAAAAGUGUUCGAUACAUCCUGAACUCACCAGAGAGGUUUACGAACUCCUUACUCCCUGUUUCACUACUGCUCAAGUCUUCCCGGGACCUCUGGAGCUAGAGAUCCAGAUCGGCAUCAUCACUAUCAUGAAUAAGUUGGGAGCCGCAGAAAAUAGCUUCAUGAGCUUUGAGGAAAUGAAGGAGGUGGUCCGUCCGCGAGGAGUCCUCAAUGGGCCCAGUACAGUCUUCUUCAAUAGACUCACGACCUUGCCCGCUGACAUCAGUCACCUUAUUGACAUCCACGCCAAUGGAGUCCGUCUCUUCGAAAGCGAAACGUCCUCUUUCAACAUUGAGUAUCAAUUUCACUGCGUUUUGAAGACAGGCCUGCCCCUCGUCAUCUCUAUCGAUGAGAAGGGCAAUCCCACAAUCAAGAUUCCCAAGGUGACCCUAGGCUCCGUUCAUAUCAGUUAUCCAGACCGUAUCUGGGACGCUGCAGCGGUACUGCGCGGGUGUAUGGGUGCCCAUGGAAAACCAGAUCCAGAAGUCGAGCGUGCCGUGCAAUACAUAGCAAAGAACUUAUGGGUAGAGCCUGGUCGUACGCACCUUCGCCUACUAACCCGCUUCAACAAGGAUUUCCUAAGCGUAAAGAAGGUCGUGCUCAAACGCACAACCUACCAUCGCUGCGCCAACGAUCGGUAUGUGAGAAACAUCGGAGGUGGAAUCUCGAAGCGCGGCCUUCAACUUCGCGUCACUGAGAUCCAAGAUCUGGUACUCACCGCUCUUCCAUCAAAUUGCGACAUCUUGGAAGCAACCUGCAAGUCUUUGGAUGACAUGACCAAGGCUCAUCGGCAGUGGUGGGAGAUUGCGUUGAUAAGCCCGGCUAUUCAAACAGCUCUCGGUGGUGUUGUCCCCACCACCAUUGGAGAUGAUCACCGCGAUUGGUGUCCCAUCGACAUCUUGGGAGGCGAGACUGGACUUAUCACCAGUGCGCCCGCUUCACCGACUGCUCAGUCAAUUGGUCACUAUGGUCUGGGUGCACUGGUGGGCCUCGCUACUGCUGUUGUUGAAAAUAUCGAUUCAGUUGGGUUUUCCAAUUUUGGUCCAGCUGGGAAGGGAGACAACAAGAGGCAGUCGAUCAAAUUUCUAGAAUGGAAAUCGUCAUGA